GCAUUGUCGAUUUCCGCGCCGUCGCCUUCACCAUGGACUAGUCGCCUCGAUCAGCAAGCCAAACUGGCAGACAGACUGGUAGACAGACAUUCGCUGAACGUGCUUCUCAUCCAAGGUCCGGCGAAUGAAGCAUUUAAAGCCCCCGUCUCUUGUCCCGUUAGAACGCCCAGAAGACUAUGCGAGUAGGGCUGAGCGAAAAGGAGCUCGUAGCUAGUCGUGUCAUUUCCCGUCGAUCCUUACCCGACCGUUGCUCAGUAGCCACUGGCCGCGUUCGCGCCAGAUGCCACAGAGCGCGUCCUCUGGAGUAGGAGAGAAUCUCAAGCGCCACAGAUUACUGGCUGGUGCUCAUGCGUCCAGCGUGGUCGUUAAGAUUUAAGCGCUCGUCAUGCGCGCUCGCUCCGCCGCCACGCCAUAUGCGCAGAUGAUAGCGCCACGUGCGCAGAUAAUUGCGCCAUGUGCGGUUGUCGGGUUUCGUGGCGAGCAUCGCUGCGCAAUGCGCGGGCACCGCCGCCGAUCGGUGCUUUUGCCGGCAGUGCUGCUGCUGUUGCUGUCCUUCGUCACGCUUUCCGCUGGAUUGACUGACUUCGUCCGCCGACCGGGUCCCGCUCCGCCCCCUUUUUCGCCUCCCCCUCGUCCCCCAUCUCCUCCUCCCCGUCCGCCUCCCCCUCCCAGUCCUCCCCCGCCUCCUCCGCGCCCUCCGCCCUCUCCGCCUCCUUCUCCGCCCCCGAAACCUCCCCCGCCGUCUCCCCCUCCCAGCCCUCCGCCCAGCCCUCCGCCCAAACCACCACCUCCUCCGCCAUCUCCCCCUCGUCCCCCGCCUCCCCCGAGCCCUCCGCCGCGCCCUCCGCCGUCUCCCCCUCCUUCCCCGCCCCCAAAACCUCCGCCUUCUCCGCCCCCGUCUCCCAAACCCCCUUCUCCGCCCCCUAAAUCCCCCCCUCCUCGUUACCCACAGUUUCCGCCGCCUUCCCUCCCCGCAGAUGAUGCCCCCCCGACGCCCACUUUGAAACCAGAGGCGGAGAUUUACCGCGUGUGCGCCGUGGCUGGUCCAGCAGUUGUAACGGUAACCAGCGCGCCUCUCGGCCAAACCUGGCGCGGGUGGGGCACGUCGCUAGGCUGGUUCGCCAACUACAUAGGUCGCCUACCAGCGGCCGAUCUUAACACCCUCUUAGACCUCCUAUUUCACCCGACUAGCGGUCUCGGCCUUAACAUGGUCCGGCACUUAAUCGGCGCCGGCUUUAACGCGGCGCGCUCGCCCCAGAUGACGUAUUUAAAGCCGCCGUACGAUGCGCGCCCGAUGCCUGGGUACAGGCCAAAGGCUUCUGGACCGUACGAUUGGGCGGCAGACUGGCGGCAACGGCGCGUGCUGAUUGGUGCGCUGGCGCGGGGAGUUGAUUCGGUAGAAGCAGUGGCUUAUUCCCCCCCCUGGUGGAUGACUAUUAGCGGGGAUGUGUCAGGCGGGCACGCACAGAGCAACAACUUACGGCCGAGGUACUACGACGCGUUCGCGGACUAUCUAGCUACUAUAGUGAAGAGGUUUAGAGACUCCUGGAAUGUCACGUUCGUAGCGCUUAGCCCGACUAACGAGCCGCUAGAAGGGUGGUGGGAGCAAGGGGGCAUCCAGGAGGGGUGUAACUUCGACGCGCCCGGGUUACAGAAAUUGAUUCCGCUGGUUGUACGAGCUCUCAAGAAGCGAAAUCUGGUUACCCGAGUGGCGGGGUUCGACAGCCUGGUGGACUCCACGGUUCGUUACAAGCGCUUCUGGAGUGCCGCAAAGCAGCAGUCGCUACAGCCGUUACGGCACCUUAGCGUUCACGGGUAUUUAUUUCCCAGGGGAAAUUCCUCCACAGGAAACGACAGCCCUAGAACCUACGUCCAGCAGCUAUUCGGGCAAAUGCGGGACGUGGGCCGGAGCUUAAAAAAGGAGGUGUGGGUGACUGAAGCGGGGCCAUUAUUCAUGAAGGAGGGAGCGGACAUAGAUAUUGCCGUGCACAUGGGGCGAACCAUCAUCCAAUCAGUGAACAUCAUGGGCGCAUCGGCCUGGGUGUUCUGGCAAGCCGUGGGGAACACUCACAGGUGGUCCUUUCUUAUAAUUCCUAUGGCGCCUAUUAAUGGUGCGGAGCUCCCGCCUUUCUCGGUGGAGUAUUCGAAGAAGUUUUUUGUAAUGAAGCAGCUUGUACAGGGGGCGCCCAAGGGGAGCAGGCCCUUACAGGUUACCACUGCCCAGGGGUGUCAUCAUUGCGUUGCCGCCUUCUACACUGCCGCCCGGCGCCAGCUGGCGCUGUUUGUGGCCAAUCAGGAUGGGGAUGCUUAUGACGUGUCGCUUUCCAUCGAUGCCUUUGCAGCGGAUAAUUCGGCUGCUCCUGUGCAUGUGAGGAUGUACAGGACUGCUUAUAACGAGGAUAUGGAGCCUAUCUCUGUCCAGGCAUAUGACUCCGUGCCAUGGAGUGUCAGAGUGCUGGCCCCUCCUCUUAGCUUCACAUCUGUGCUUGUUUCAAACAUAAUGCCCAAAUAAUCUCCCACAUGGACCCUCUUCUGUGUUUUUCUGCCAUGGCUGUGUGCUUGACUCGCCCCUAUGGAGAGCUAGUCAGUCCCAUCCCAUCCUAUCCACUCACCAGUGCAUGGCAUUGUGUGGCACUCCCCCAUCUUUCCCUGCUCCUGCUGUUGCCUUCCUUCACGGCACCAUUGGUGCGCCCCUCUAUCUCCAUCCAAAGCACUUCCCUCAACCCCUUUUCCCCCAGAGCCCGACUUCCCCAACACCUUUUCCCCCGUGCAGGGCACAACUUCCCGCC